AGGAAACACAGCACUAGAAACUGAACAAUGGCGAUUUUGAGGAUCACUCUCUUUGUGAUGUUUGUGACCGCAGCAUUGUCAAGACCAUUUGGUUUGCGCAGUCAAGAAUCCUCUGAAUCAGUUGAAUCUACCGAGGCCAUUUACGGGAGGCAUUACAACCCCAGACAUGACGCAUCUGAGGGCAGCAUGGAUUCCAGUUUUGAGGACAGUUCAAACUCGGAUUCAGAUUCCAAUUCAGAUUCUGAUUCUGAUUCUGAUUCAGACUCUGAUUCAGAUUCCUCAGAGGAGGACAUGACGUCCACAAGAUCACCAAUCACCAUAGGAACAGUGAAGACCACAAGAUCACCGCUCACCACAGAAUUCGUAACCACAGAACCAGCUGCAACCACCACUGUGCCAGGCACCAUGGUUCCUGUGCCACCAACAACGGCAAAGGAUACUACAGGCUGUGUCACUCUGGAUAUUACAACAACAAAACGAGGAGACAAUUAAGUUAUAAAACAGUAAAAAACAGUACACAGAUGAUUCUACACUAUAUUGCGUUUUGUAGCAUAU